GCUGGCCCCAGCACCACACCGCUUGAACUCCGGCCUGCCUGUGAAUAUCGGGGUGCUCUUCGUGCCGCAGCAGGAGGCUUGGGUGGUGGAGAGGAUGGGCAAGUUCCACCGAAUCCUUGAGCCUGGUUUGAACUUCCUCAUCCCUCUGCUGGAUUGGAUUCGUUAUGUGCAGAGUCUCAAAGAAAUUGUCAUUAAUGUCUCAGAGCAGUCAGCUGUCACCCUAGAUAACGUCACCCUGCAGAUUGACGGUGUGCUCUGUCUGCAGGUUAUGGACCCCUACAAGGCCAGCUAUGAGGUGGAAGAUCCUGAGUAUGCAGUGACCCAGCUGGCCCAGACCACCAUGAGAUCUGAACUUGGCAAACUCUCCCUUGACAGAGUCUUCCAGGAACAGGAGUCCCUCAACGCCAACAUUGUGGAUGCCAUCAACCAGGCCUCAGACUGCUGGGGCAUCUGAUGUCUGCGCUAUGAGAUCAAGGACAUUCGCGUACCCCCGCGUGUGAAGGAAUCCAUGCAGAUGCAGGUGGAGGCAGAGCAACGGAAGCGGGCAACAGUGCUGGAGUCAGAGGGGACAUGGGAAUUGGCUAUCAACAUGGCUGAGGGGCAGAAGCAGGCCCAGAUCCUGGUGUCAGAAGCUGAGAAGGCCAAACAAAUCAACAAAGCUACUGGAGAAGCCAGUGCCAUGCUGGUCAAGGCCAGGGCCAAGGCUGAGGCUAUUCAGCUCCUGGUGGCUGCUCUGGCACAGCAGCACGGCAACGCCGCUGCCUCUCUCUCUGUGGCAGAGCUAGUGAGUGCCUUCUCCAAGCUUGCCAAAGACUCCAACACCGUCCUGCUGGCUGCCAACGCUGGCGAUGUCACCAACAUGGUUGCACAGGCCCUGGGCAUCUACACUAUGCUGACCAAGCUGCAAGCUGUGAAGACCUAGGAUGAGAUGCCUCCAGCCCGUGAGGACCCCCAGCCUCCCACCAUGGAGGUGCUUAAGGCAGAACAGGCCAACUCCAGUUAGCAGAGCCAGAAAGAUCCUGGGGCAAGCCAGAAAGAUCCUGGGGCCUGCCAGGCUGUGGGCAGUCCUGUCCUGCUGCCCUCCCUGGUCAGACACUCUUCUUCUU